AGAGUGAGACAACGAAUAAGGAAAAUUACUAACCAAAUCAUAUUCAUCCAAAUCCGAUCAUAUUCUGUAUAUUUUAAAUAUGAAGCAGGAAAAUAAACUGUUAUAAAAUAAAAGUCAGUAGAAAACCCUCUCAAAUCUAGUUUUGAAAAGAAAAAAAAACUCUCAAACUUGUUUGAUCAUGGAUCAUGAAUGUGGAGGAGAAGAAAACUUUCAUCAUAAGAUUUCUGCUUUGUUUGAGUUUUCAGCCAAAGAUGAUGUAAUAGCUUUCAAAGAUGCGGUUGAAAAAGAGGGUUGUGAUGUUGAUGAAAUAGGGUUCUGGUAUGGAAGGAGUAUUGGUUCAAAUAAAAUGAGUUAUGAAGAGAGGACACCUCUUAUGAUUGCGUCCUUGUUUGGCAGCAAAGGUGUAGUGUCUUAUAUUCUCGGAACCGAUCGUGUCGAUGUCAACCGAGCAUGUGGAUCAGAUAGGGCUACUGCUCUUCACUGUGCUGUAUAUGGCUGUUCUGCUGAUUCUGUUAAGGUUAUCCAGCUUUUGCUUGAUGCAUCUGCAGAUAUUAAUUCUGUUGAUGCCAAUGGUAACCGGCCUAGUGACUUGAUUGUCUACAUGUCUAAUAGUAAGUUCGGUUCAAGGAAUAUGACACUACAAGCAUUACUAGAUGAUGUUGAUGUUAGAGAAGCUUGCCUUAAGAAAACAGGUUUCCAAAUGGGGAAGCAACAAGGUGUAGAUCCACCACAAAUCAAGAAGAAAUAUUAUCCCUCUGAUCUAUCCCUACCAGACUUAAAUAACGAGAUCUAUAGUACAGAUGAAUUUAGAAUGUUUAGUUUCAAAGUGAAACCUUGUUUAAGGUCUUAUCCACAUGAAUGGACCGAAUGUCCCUUUGUUCAUCCAAAGGAAAGCGCAAGGCGACGUGAUCCGAGGAAAUAUUACUACACCUGUUUCCCUUGUCCCGAGUAUCAGAAAGGAUCAUGCAGCAAAGGGGAUGCAUGUGAAUAUGCACAUGGUAUUUUUGAAUGCAGGCUUCAUCCUGCUCAAUACAGAACAAAGCUUUGCAGUCACAAGGUUGGAUGCACCAGAAAAGUUUGUUUCUUUGCUCACAAACCUGAGGAGCUUCGCCCAGUGUAUGCUUCUACUGGCUCUGGUUUGCCUUUACCCACAUCAAAUUCAUCUGGUGUUUCUCCAAUUUACCCUUUCACAGUGAGCUCUGCGUCUGCUUUACAAUCUGCAUGGAAGCCACCUUUGACUCCAUCUGUAGCAUCAUCACAUGCUGCUGGAACUGAGUGGCUGACUCAUGCUGCAGUCCCUACAUUUCAGAUGCCAAGGAGUAGUUUCAAAACUGCACUGAAUGCUAGAGGUAAUACUGAACUUCUCCAACUUGAAAAUCUCUUUAUGUGGAACCUAAUGAUUGAAGAGAUGGCAAGUCUUUCAUCCCCUUCAAAUAGGCUCGCAGGAGGGAAUCCUACCAACUUUGAAGGCAUUUUCAGGUCGCAGAUACCAUCUCUAACAUCAAUGCAGGUGCAUCAGAAUAGGAACCAGCAACUUUGGGGCUAUCCUGCUGAUCUUAUCAAUUCAAAUGUGAUUGGAUCACCACAACUUAGGGUUGAUCCAUCUUUGUAUCCAAGAUAUGAUGCCUUUUCGAAGCGGGGUCAGAGGGUAUCCAGUUUUAAUUCUGAGCUUCCUUCUACUUCUUCAGUUGCUAUGGAGCUCCCUACCACCUUCCCUGGUUGGGGCUCCCCAGAUGGAAAAUUAGACUGGACCAUCAGCAACGAUGAACUGAAUAAGAUGAGAAAAUCUUAUUCCAGUUUUCAAAACUGAAAUAGCACUUCAAAAAUGGCUGCUGCACCUAAUGUUGAUGAGAAAAUAUACUAUUAAGCUAGUAAACUCAGGUCAACUCACUAGUAAAAGAUGCUCCAACAAGGAAUCUGAUCAAUAUUGUGUUGAAAUUGAAGAGCAAUUGCAAUGCCAUAAUCCAGACGCGGUUCCAUCUUGGCCGAUGGAGCUUGAGCAGAUGGUGGUUAGAUUAUUUAUUAAAUUUUAAACUAUUUUAUUAUUUUUUAGCUUUAUGAUUUCAUUAUAUUUAUUAGGUCACAUUUUGCAAAAUUAUAGUAAAAUGUUGAUAGUACAAAAGUUUGACAGUUUGCAAGUAUUUAGCAUCAGUAACAACUUGCCACUUUUUUUUAUAAUAAAACUACU